AAAAUGUUUUUAUUUUCAAAGCAAAAAAGGCUGAAGAAGCAGAGAGGCAGGCCAGAAGAAAAAUAAACAGCCUGAGGAUAUUGUCCAAUAUUGUCCAACCUAAGACUAAAGAAAACUAAAGGCUAAACAAUGGCUAACGUCCCUGGAGGAAUGGCGACCAAGAACAAGAAGCACUUUUUAGGAGUACCGGCGCCGCUCGGCUAUGUAGCUGGCGUAGGUCGCGGUGCCACCGGCUUUACGACCCGAUCUGAUAUUGGUCCAGCCAGAGAUGCGAACGAUGUCUCUGACGACAGACACGCUCCUCCUAGCAAGAGGAAGAAGCAGAAGGACGAGGACGAAGAAGAUGAGGAGGAUUUGAACGACUCUAAUUACGACGAGUUCUCUGGAUAUGGUGGCUCCUUGUUCAGCAAAGACCCUUACGACAAGGACGAUGAAGAGGCCGAUGCCAUUUACGAGGCGGUCGACAAGCGCAUGGACGAGAAACGCAAAGACUACCGAGAGAAGAGGCUGCGAGAAGAGCUGGAAAGGUAUCGUCAGGAGCGGCCCAAGAUUCAGCAGCAGUUCAGCGACCUGAAGAGAUGCCUUGUCGAAGUGUCCGACGAUGACUGGCGGAACAUCCCUGAAGUAGGCGACGCCAGGAAUAAAAAGAUGCGGAAUCCGAGAGCCGAGAAGUUCACCCCUCUGCCCGACUCGGUCCUGUCCAGGAAUCUUGGGGGUGAAUCGAGCAGCACAAUCGAUCCUGCCAGUGGUUUGGCAUCGGCCAUUCCAGGCACCGCCACCGGAAUGCUCACCCCCACCGGAGACCUUGAUUUGCGCAAAAUCGGGCAAGCCAGGAAUUCCCUGAUGAACGUGAAACUGAGUCAGGUGUCGGACUCGGUGUCCGGUCAGACGGUGGUCGACCCCAAAGGUUACCUCACAGAUUUGCAAUCCAUGAUCCCGACCUACGGAGGUGACAUUAACGACAUCAAGAAGGCGCGUUUGCUUCUGAAAUCGGUGCGAGAGACGAAUCCCAACCAUCCGCCGGCUUGGAUCGCGUCCGCUCGCCUCGAAGAGGUCACCGGAAAGGUGCAGGCCGCCAGGAACCUGAUCAUGAAGGGCUGCGAGGUGAACCAGAAGUCGGAAGACCUGUGGCUGGAGGCGGCCAGGCUGCAGCCGCCCGACGUGGCCAGGACGGUCAUCGCGCAAGCCGCCAGACAGAUCCCGACCUCUGUGCGAGUGUGGAUCAAAGCGGCCGAACUUGAGACGGAGCUGAAAGCCAAGAAAAAGGUGUUCCGCAAAGCCUUGGAGCACAUUCCCAACUCGGUGCGCCUGUGGAAGGCCGCGGUCGAACUGGAGGAGCCGGACGACGCGCGAAUCCUGCUCAGCAGAGCCGUGGAGUGCUGCCCGACGAGUGUCGACCUUUGGCUGGCCUUGGCCAGACUGGAGACCUACGAGAACGCCAGGAAAGUGCUCAACAAGGCCAGAGAGAACAUCCCGACGGACAGGCAAAUCUGGACGACGGCCGCCAAGCUGGAGGAGGCCAACGGAAACAGCCACAUGGUGGAGAAGAUCAUCGAGAGGGCGGUCAUGUCCCUGACGUCGAACGGCGUGGAAAUCAGUCGAGACCAGUGGUUCAAAGAGGCCAUCGAGGCCGAGAAGAGCGGCUCGGUGCUCACCUGCCAGGCGCUCAUCAAGAGCGUCAUCGGCCACGGCGUCGACGACGAAGACAGGAAGCACACGUGGAUGGAGGACGCGGACACGUGCGCCAACCAAGGCGCCAUCGAGUGCGCCAGGGCCAUCUACGCACACGCCCUGGCCGCCUUCCCCAGCAAGAAGAGCAUCUGGCUACGCGCGGCCUACUUCGAGAAGGCCAACGGCGACAGGCAGACGCUGGAAAACCUGCUGCAGAGGGCGGUCGCCCACUGUCCGCAGUCCGAGGUGCUCUGGCUCAUGGGGGCCAAGUCCAAGUGGCUGGCGGGAGACGUGCCUGCCGCGCGAGGAAUCUUGUCGCUCGCGUUCCAGGCCAAUCCAAACUCGGAGGAGAUCUGGCUGGCCGCCGUCAAGCUCGAGUCUGAAAACAACGAGUACGAAAGGGCCAAGCGCCUGCUGGCCAAGGCCAGGGGCUCCGCACCCACGCCCAGAGUCAUGAUGAAGUCUGCAAAACUCGAGUGGGCGCUGCAGGACACGAGCGCGGCCACGAAGUUGCUGGAGGAGGGAAUCACCAAGUUCCCCGACUACCCGAAACUCUGGAUGAUGAAGGGCCAAAUCGAGGAGCAGCUCGACCAGCUGGACAGCGCCCAGGCCAGCUACAACCAAGGGCUCAAGAAGUGUCCCAACUCGAUCGUCCUCUGGACCCUGCUGGCCGCCUUGGAGGAAAAGAGGGGCCACCUGACGAAAGCGAGGUCGGUCCUCGAGAAGGGCCGCCUGCGCAAUCCUGGCAACGGCGUCCUCUGGGUCGAGGCCAUCAGGGUCGAGCUGAGAGCUGGUAUGGUGGCGAUCGCCAACUCGAUGAUGGCCAAGGCUCUGCAGGAGUGCCCCACGGCCGGCGUCUUGUGGGCCGAGGCCAUUUUCAUGGAGCCGAGGCCUUCGAGGAAGACCAAGAGCGUGGACGCGCUCAAGAAAUGCGAGCACGACCCAAUUGUGUUGCUGGCCGUGUCCAAACUCUUUUGGACCGAGGGCAAGUACCAAAAGUGCAGAGAGUGGCUCAACAGGGUCCUCAAACUGGACUCUGACCUCGGCGAUGCGUGGGCUUACUACUACAAACUAGAAACAAUGCAAGGAACCCAGGAGUCGAGGGCCGACGUCAUGGAAAGGUGCAUCGCUGCAGAGCCUCACCACGGAGAGCACUGGUGCAAGGUGUCCAAAAAUAUUGAGAAUUGGAGAAUGCCCAUGGACCAGAUUUUAGUCGACGUAGCUGCGCAUGUACCUCUCCCAACGUAAAUUUGUUGAAUGUAAAUAUCCAAUAAAUCGAUUUCUUUUGAAUAA